ACAGUCAGAUAUAGAAGGUAAUGAGGACACAAAGCCUACUCCUGUAGGAUCUUCGUUUUCCUUACCAUGUUGGGCUACCCAGGCCCUAUGUGAUUUGGCAAGAUGUGAAACAGACCUCAGGCGUCUGCGGGAGCAACAAGUGACUGAAGCGCAGACAGUAGUUCAGGGUGUGGAGCGUGCACUGCUUGGAGCACAAAGGGAGGAGCACCGUCUACUGGAAAGGGUAGAACAGGAUCACAGGGAUCUACAGCGCAGACUUGAACAGGUGCAGAGGGAGAAUGGAGCAGCCAUAAGGGUUGGACAAAGAUUAGUAGACCAGCGAUUAUAUAAAGUCAUUAAACUUCGAGAGCUAAUAAGGAAAAGUUGUGGUGGUGAUGGUAGUAAAAAUCGAGAGGGGGAUCAGAAGCGGGACCAGCUUCUUAAGGGCGUUACAGAACUUGUCCAGCCUUGGGAAGUCUCACUUACACUCAAACGUGUAUCUUUUAAACCAAGUGCCCAACCAAACGCUGUAACCUUUGGUGAGAUCAAUGUGCAAGAUCACAAUGUUCAUAUUCCUGUUGGAGGCUGUGGGCAGUUGGGGCAAAUGUGUUCCCUCCAUGAAAUACGCAGUGGGGCUCAUGUCGGUGGAGAAGGCCAGAGCUCGCCUGAUGGAACAAUUCCUGGGCAGAACCAAAGGCACUCAUCAACUAGUGGCAACUUGAGGGUUGUCCGGAAGCUCCGUUUGUCAGCCCGAAGUGAUGAUGAAUCAGGAGAAGAGGUAAAAUGCCAGUCCCCACAACUGCGUCACUGGUCCCCUAAACAAGUCCCAUGUGAACGUGAUUCAUCACAGGAGGAUGAGUGUGAAUCGCCUACAUCUGAAUGCAAACGAGAUGAGCUCUUCUUGGCUGUACCAUCCCUUAGUCAUGGUGAGUUAGACGGUGAGGAUUUUGCUUGUAUACAAAAUGAACCAAUCACACAGUUUGGUUCAAAGAGAGCAAAAAGGCAAAAAGAACUCUCUCCAUCUCCAGAGCAAGGUCACCAAGAACAAGGUGGCUGGUUCUUGAAUCAGUUUGACCAUAAAAAUCAUGCCAGAAGGACCGGAUCUUCAAGAGAAACAUCAAGGUAUGGCACACACUCAUCACCACAAAUCCCCAGAGAGAUCAUCUCUAGUCAAGGCAGCAACAGCCACUUCUUUCAUGGCAGGUCUUGCUCCCAAUUAAGUGCAUCCUCAGAUGACCACCCACAAAACCGUGCACCAUCCCCUGCAGACAGUGUAGAUUCUGGGUACACUUUCAUUGUCAGCUCCCCAAGGGAUUUCUCCAACUGCCUGCGUCCUACUGCUCGCCUCUCCAGAUCAGCUGCUGACCUUUCCUACUGUAACAGACCCCUCAGUGAAACCAGAACACCGCAAUCAAGCAUAUGGACUGUUUCCAAGAGUCAUAUGUCCUCAAGUUCCACCUUCCAAAAACAAAGCGAGGUGUCAAGGACUAAAUCCUGUCCCAGUCAUGGUAACUUCUCUCAAAAGAGCUCCCAACCACAUGCUACUUUCUCCAGUAGAGUGCCUCGUUCGCUUUCUAUGUCUGUUAUCGAUAACUCAUCUCAGAAAAGACUAAACCACCUUACAGCAGGACGGCAUAAUUCUCUAAAUGAGAACAGAAUGCAGGGAGAGAGGAGUGAGCCAGCCCUCCUAGUGUUAGAGGAGGAUGAGGAAUCAUUGGCACCAGAGGAGGUGCGCCUUGUCCGGCAGUUUGGUAAACAAGGCUCAGGACGUGCUGAUCUCACGCUGCCCAGUGGUGUCCACGCAACACCACAAGGUCAACUGUUCAUUGUGGAUUGUGGGAAUGCUCGUGUCCAGGUAACUGAUGCCCAUGGCAACAUCCUACAACAAGUGACUUCUCCAAGUAACGACUUAGGAGGCUCCUCGCGACGCUGCCGUAAUUACUUUGAUGUGGCCGUUAAUGCAAAGGGUCUGAUUGCUUUGAGCUGUGCAGCUGAGAGGGCUCUCCUGAUCCUAAGUCGGCAUGGGCGUCUCCUCCAAACAUUUGGAGGAGGACCCUACAUUGCAGGAGUGCCUCGAGAUGAGUUGGAAGCACCAAGGGGAGUGACAGUCACCCAAAGAGAUGAAUUCCUAGUUGCAGAUAUACGAAAGGGUACUCUUACUGCACUAAAACUUGAACCUAAAACUGGUUCCAGAUUGGAACGCACUGUGGUGACCGGUUUCCACAGGCCUUAUCUGGUUGCAGCAUGCCUCCACUCUGGUCUGGUCGCAGUGUCUGAGCGAGGCAGUGAAACGGGGCAGGAGCCUUGUGUGAAGAUAUUAGGACCAGGAUGGGACACCCUACGAAUCCUGGGUGUGUGUUCCAGCUUAGGGCCCGUACUCUCCUGUCCCUGGGGCCUCUGCAUUGAUAAGGAUGGGGCUGUGUUGGUGGCAGACUGGGGAGAAAAACAUAGAGUGCUUCUUUAUCCUUCUGAAGGGGCAGGACGAGUGAUUGUGUCUGAUGGACUGAGCAGCCCUCGUGGACUGGCACUUUUACCACAUGAUCUCCUGGUUGUGUCAGAUAGCGUGCACCACUGCAUUAAAAUGUAUCAGUACAAAUGAGGUUACUACAAAGCUCAAGAUUCAAAAGAAAGAUGUCACUGUAUGAGAUGAGUAUUUGGCAACAU